AUGGUGCGUUUUGGGUCCCGAAAGGGAUUGUCUCAUGUGCGUGCGUGCUGUGAGCGCUACGAAGCUUGGUUGCGAUCUCAGGUUGUUGAUGACGUUGGAGAGGAAAUGGUGGUGCAAGCGCCGCCUGCUCAGGUGCCUCCUGUGCAGGAAGUCGUUGAACAAGAGGCGCGCGCCCCAAGUGUUGUGCACGACGCGCUGUCAGCCCUGGACGCAGAAGGAGAGCAGUCUGUGGAUGACUCCGUGGGUGAUAGUGUGCAAGUUAGCCCUGCUAAGAAGCCUCGCACUGACGGGCAGGAGAAAUCAGCAACUGUGAGCGCUGAUGUGGAGUCAAAAGAAGCCCAUGUUUUUACACGCGGUUGCCCGGCUUGCGAGUCUGGCAUGGAUGUGCCAGGGAUUCGACACAAUGCUGCGUGUAAGAGACGACAGAAGGUCAGAUUCCAAGAGCUUGAGGUUGCUGAAGUUGGGCCUGUUGUGCAAAGUGAGUCGUCCCAGAAUACUGCGUCCUCGUCGGUGAGUCAGGUUCCAAUUGCAACUCAAGUUGAUGAUGAUGAGGACAUGCCAAUGAGCGAAGGCGUUGAAACUGAGCCUGUGAUGCAUGCGGGCAACACCAAAAGGUCCUCUGAGAUCCCUGUUGACGAGCUUGAGCGUGAGAUACGACACGGUGUGGAGGGAUGCAUGAUGGCAGUGCGUAACUGUGAGACAGGGAACGACAUCUUCAUGCUGUUGGCCAGUUUCGUUGAGCAGGUGUUUCAGGUGACUGAGCAUGUGCCUUUGCUUUCCGGCUUGUUGGAUUCAGUGCAAUUUGCUCCAAAUGCUACCAGUGUCGUGUUGCCUUUUGGGAAGCGUUCGCAUCUACGAGUUUGGCGCCCGAGAUCAGCAGUUGAUGAUUCGACGUUGUCUGAGCUGCCAGGUGAUGAAGUCAUGGAGGGAAUGCUCAAGGAAGUGAACAACCUGAGUCACAUGGAGACCGGGGAUCUGCUAACGGCUUCUGAGUUGCAGGCACUUGAGAAGAAGUUUCCUGGAACCUUGAAGGUGAUUCCAAGUCGAUGGGUGACAACGCGAAAGACUCCCACUACAGUGCGAGCUCGAAUCGUCAUUAAAGACAUUGCAGGAAAGAGAGGUGAUGUGUCGCAUGCUUUUAUGGCAACGCCGCUGCGCGAGCGUGAUGUGGUGAUGAAGUUUCCUCUUUCAGUGUCCACGGUCAGCGGGGAACCACUAUAUCUGCACUUGCGUAAGGCCCUGAACGGGCUACGCAAAGCUUCACAAGAAUGGAUCUGUUUCGUUGCGGAAGUGGUGAAAAGCAUUGGUUCAGGCCUGCGCAGUUGCUCUCUGGAGCCUUGCCUCUUUUCCGGCUUGUUGGAGUCAGGGCCGUGCAUACUGUUGGUGUAUGUUGACGACUUUCUCUUGAUGACACCAACAGAAGAAGACGCGAACCGCAUCUUUGAGGCCAUUGAGCGUUUAGUGGAGUUGAAGAGAACAGGGGUGAUUCGAUCUUCAGCAGCUGGAGGCGGGGUGUUGAGAUUCAUCGGUCGUGUCAUCUCUCGUAGGAAGGGUGAGGCUUCGUUGACUGUUUCUUUGCCACAGGACUAUCUUGAUGACACCUUUAACGCCUAUGGGUUAUCUGGAAAAGGAACUUCAAGUCCACCGGACGUUGCAGUGCAUGUAGAAAAGGAAGGUGGGCUGCCACUGAGUCCUGAGGCUUACGCGCGGUUCAGGCCGGCGCUGGGAAAGGUGGCUUGGAUGACGCAGACACGGCAGGACCUUCGAGCUUAUGUUUCAAUUCUGGCCACUCAACAAUCAAUCCCAACCAACAAUACCGAGCAGGGACUGCGGGCCUUGCUGCGGUAUCUACAGAACGACAUGUGCGUGGCUGUGAGGUUGCCUGCGGCCAGUGACGUUCUACAUCAGCAGAAACAUUUUCCACAGCAAAAACACAUGGUCUGUUUUUCGGACGCGUCGCACGCUCCUCUUCGUUGCACCAAAAGACGAGGUAUUACUGGAGGAGUGUUGACAGUAGACGGGUGUGUUGUCAAAACCUUAUGUCGACAUCAACAGCUUGUGUCGCUAUCUAGCAUGGAGAGUGAACUGUUUGCCUUGCAAGCUGUGGCGCAGGAGAUGUCAAGCUUGGGGAAAUUUCUCGGCAGGGUUUUUGGUACGUUUGGAGAAGUGGAGGCUGCAGAGAUCCCAGGUGUCUUGUUUUCGGAUUCAGAGUCCUCACUGAAGCUUCUGAAGAACAUGGACAUUCCUAAGAGGAGUCGCCACCUUGAGAUACGUGUUGAGUGGCUGAAGUCGAGGGUUGUUGAGGGUCAGUUGGUUCUUGCCUUUCGAAAGGGGGUGGACAAUCCGAGUGACCUACUCACGAAGUGCCUUGGAAGUGCAGCCUUUGGCAUCCAUCGACAGUCUCUUGGCUUUGAGCUUCUUGCGAGUCCGAUCUGCAGCUUGGCUCAUGCAAGUAGGCGCUACGUUGUCGUGGAGGUGUGUUGCCGGGAACAGUCGAGCAUUCAAGCCGUGUGCAGCAUGUUAGGUGUAUCGUACGCGGGUGUGUGCGCCAACAUGCAAAGCCCGAAAGUGUUCGCAAGCCUGAAGUCCUACCCUGCAAACUUUGAGAAGAGUGACGUUUUUGUCCAUGUAUCCACCCCAUGCUCCUCCGGCUCGCCACUUCGAAAUUUCACGCAUGGAAGGGUAUCGUCUGAGCAAACACGAGCUGAUUGGGAGUGGUUUGAAGUGUUCCCGUGCGUUCGAAAGUACUUGCGUCUUGGAAAGCAUUCUAGCUUUGAGUUGCCUUGGAACAAUCGAAUCUGGAGCUAUGCGAUGUGUAAGAGGGUUCUACGCGAAGCUAAGCAUGAUUUUGAGGUGCCUGUGAAGCUCUGUGUGACGGGUUUGACGGCAAAAGGGGGGGAGCCUAUCGAGAAGGUUUUGGGCUUCACCUCAACAUCUGAGCGUUUUGUGAGUGAGCUUGCUUGCUUUUCACGUUGUGAGUGCUUGCAGCAUGCGCGCGCAAUACAUGUAGCGUGGUUAGACACUGGUUUUUACACACCGAAACUUGCUGAAGCAAUUGUGAAGGGUGCUGUGAAAGCAUUGCGGGAAACCUGA